CCCCCUAUAUACAUAUAUACCUUGCAAUGUGUGUGUGUGUGAGAGAGAGUGUGUGUGUGAGGGGGUAGGUGCAUAGAGCGUGAGCCGCUUUACCAGAAGACAGACAGAGAGAAAUGCGCAAUAAGCUUGACAUUCAGUGAUGAGCAGUAAAAGCAGUAAAAGCCACUAGAACACGGUGCUGAGAUGAAAACGCGUUGCCAUGUUCUCCAAGAGAAAGUCUACACAGCUUGAUUUUUCCAACAACUAGCUGGAUGAAGUGAUGGCAGUGUGAAAUCUCUACUCUGUUACAGAUACACUCUAUUGCCUCCCUUGCCCAGGAGAAUUCUGAUUAUUUGAGGUCGAGGCCACUAACCACGAAGACAGCCUUUCAGCAGGAAGCAGGAUUUCCAGAUCUGUCCUGAGCUAACAGAGAAAUGGUGUGAAGGCUUAUGAGCAGUGCUCCUCGUGCAGUAAGGGAGCUUUUCCUGAGGCAGGAACAGAUGGACGGAAUGAACUUCACGUUGGGGAAUUCCUCUGAGGGCAAUGAAACGGAGCCAGAAGUGGAGACGAGCUCGUAUAAAACAGUGGAGGUGGUGUUCAUUGUGCUAGUAGCGGGCUCACUUAGCCUGGUAACUGUGGUUGGGAACAUACUGGUAAUGCUCUCUAUAAAGGUCAACAGAAGCCUACAGACUGUCAACAACUACUUCCUGUUCAGCUUAGCAUGCGCUGACUUCAUCAUCGGGCUUUGCUCCAUGAACCUCUAUACUGUUUAUAUUGUCAUUGGUGCCUGGCCACUUGGCCCUGUAGUGUGUGACCUGUGGUUGGCUCUGGACUAUGUGGUCAGUAAUGCGUCGGUCAUGAACUUGCUCAUUAUCAGUUUUGACCGCUAUUUCUGCGUCACAAAGCCGCUGAGUUAUCCUAUAAAGAGGACCACUAAGAUGGCGGGGAUGAUGAUUGCUGCUGCCUGGGUGCUGUCCUUCAUUCUCUGGGCUCCUGCUAUCCUCUUUUGGCAGUUCAUUGUGGGUGGCCGCACUGUGCCAGAAAGGGAAUGUUAUAUCCAGUUCUUUUCAAAUGCAGCUGUUACCUUCGGCACCGCUAUUGCCGCCUUCUACUUGCCUGUCAUCAUCAUGAUGGUGCUAUAUUGGCAAAUCUCUCGAGCCAGCAAGAGUCGCGUGAAAAAGGAAAACCGCAAGCCUUCAGGCACCAACACCAGAACUGGAUCUCCCAGUCAGAACCGCGGCAAUGCAGCCAACAAGCUGGACAACAACAACGUGAUGGCCGAGGACCCUGAUAGGAAUCAAACCCAGACCGUAGAUGAAAUGACCAACCAGCAUGACAGCAAAAUGCAGAAUGGCAAAGGGCCAUCCACAGCCAGUGCGGAGAGAGAUGGAGAGGAAACUAACAGAGACAACUGUGUCCCUGUUGAGGAGAAAGAGAGCUCCAAUGACUCCACUUCAGGCAGUGGGGCCACAGCUCAUCAGAAGCCAGAAACCAACAACACUCAGAUGCCUGCACGGCACCAUGCGAAGACCGGUGCCUCUAAACUUACCUGCAUUAAAAUUGUCACCAAGUCGCCCAAGGGAGACUCUUAUACUCCCUCCAACACCACAGUGGAGAUCGUACCAGCAGCUGAGAAGCAGAACCACGUGGCCCGCAAGAUUGCGAAGAUGACUAAGCAACCCCCCAAAAAGAAGAAAGCAGCUCCUUCCAGGGAGAAGAAGGUGACACGCACCAUCAUGGCUAUCUUGGUGGCAUUUGUAGCCACGUGGACACCCUAUAACGUGAUGGUUCUCAUCAAUACUUUCUGCUCCAGCUGCAUCCCUAACACAGUGUGGACCAUUGGCUACUGGCUCUGCUACAUCAACAGCACCAUCAACCCCGCAUGCUACGCUCUGUGCAAUGCCACAUUCAAAAAGACCUUCAAGCAGCUUCUGCUUUGUCAGUAUAAAAACAUACGCUCAACCAGAUGAGCUACGAUAUAAGUAUGCAUGUGUGCAUGUAUGGUUAUGUUUCUGUGUGUCUGUCGAAGUGUGUGAAAAGGUUUUGGAUGACAGUGUGAAAACCGUGGCAGCUGGGUGGGGUUUUCUUUCUUGUGUUUUUAAAUGUCGUGUGGUUCUUUUAUUGACACCCUGUUGUAGCACUUUACACACACCCAACAACACAACUCAGAUAGGUCUAUAGCUCUUUAGGCUUUACGUACAGACCAGAACAGCUUUCAAGAUAUGAAAUAGAAUUAAACACAACCAUCACAUGAAAAUAAAAGUAAAAAAAGUAAAAAGAUUUCUAUACAUUUUUGUAAAAUAGAAAUGUAUAAACCAAUAUGUUAAAUGUAAAAUAAAUAGCAUGAAUAUACAGUAUAUUAGUGCGGCAGAGCACUGGAGCAGAAACUCCACGUUUGAUAUAAUGUUAUCUACAUAUAGUAGAGUAGCUGAAAACAGAUUUAAUUUGAGAGAGCAGUGUAAUACUGAAUCUGCUCUCUUCAACUAUUUAUUAAAGGGACAAUAGGGCUGCCUGAACACUCACACCUAGUGUUUGGACUUCAGUGUAAAAUAAUAUGUGUAAAUACUUGUAUAUAACCUUGUAUACUAUUUGGCAUUUUGUGUGUGUGUGUGUGUGUGUGUGUGGUAGAUAUAGAGUUUUUCAGAAAUUAUGUAUGACUGACUACUGGCUGCUGUGUGUUUCACUCUGUGUGUGUGUGUGUGUGUGUGUGUGUGUGUGUGUGUGUGUGUGUCUAAAGCUGAAUGAGCUAUUGGAAAACCACUCUACCGUAUCCACAUGUAAGAGUGGGAGUGUGGGGCAGCGUGAAUUGCUCAGGCCUCCAGAGAUGCAAAUUAAAGGCUUUUAAAAUGAUGACUGAUGAGCAGGGUGAAGAGACUCUUCUAUACAGAGCUGUUACUCUGGACAUUUUUAAUAACUCAUUGGUCACCGUUGCUUUGUUGCAACACCAAAUGGAGACAUAAAAAACAAAACGGUUAGUGACAAUGAACAGUCUGUCCUGCACAGUGAUAAACCAUCUUUAGUUAUUUAAAACCCUCUUCAUUGCUUUCUCAUGAAAUAUGCAGAGACGCAAAUGUAUGCUCAUGCCUGCAGCAAGGUGUUCAUUCAUGCAAUCUGCAGGUGGUUACGGCACACUGACAAGCCCGCAGCACUGUUCUGGAGGGAUCCUGUGUUUUUCUGUCAGUGUAACAGCGUGUGUAGAGACUCAGAGUUGAUUAUGAGAGACGACUAAGCAUUGGGUAGUGUGUGAGUAGGACAUAAUGUGUGAGUAGUGAUAGUUCUUCCUCAGAGCCUACCUCUCUGUGGCAUUGUGUUUUGCACUGAGGCUUUCAGUCCACACAGAGGUGUGUUUGUGUGUGUGUGUGUGUGUGUGUGUGUGUGUGUGUGUGUGUGCGAGUGUGAGAUCACCCCAGAAUGCGGGUUAUUCUAAAUCACAGGCUUUGGUCUUGUGAAUUACAAGGGCUACAUAUUUUGCACAUUUCAUCAUGUAGCAUCACAUAAACGUGUGGCUCACACUACAAAAAAAAAAAAAAUGACAGCAAUGAAAAUAUCUUAAAUAUAGUCAAAUUUAUCUACUAUUUCCUAUUAUACACCAAAUAUAAGACGAUUAAACUUAUUUCUAAACAUUUUUUAUUUUCAAGCUUUGCUUCUUUCUAAAGAUAAAUGCUUAAAAUGAGCAAAAUGAUCUGCUAAUUAUAGAAUAAGACUAUUUGAAGCUUGAAAUGAGUAGAUAUAGAUUUCAUAAUUUGCUUUAGCGUAAUCUUACAAUAGGAAAUACUAGAUAAUAGAUCAAUUUAAAUAUAUUCUAAAUAUUUUUACUUGCUAUGCUUUUUUUGCAGUGUAGACAAAUUUUUGUUUUUUAUGAAGAAGGAUGUUGUAUUUUUAAUGAGCAUUUGGGUAACUUUAAUCCCUGUAAAUUCCUGUGAAUCUGUAAUUCUCGUAUAAUUAUUAAUGUUAAGGCAGGAUGUUGGUUAAUGUGAAGGCUUUAAAAGACUGGUCUUGUGGAGUGCGGUGAAUUUUAAUGUGAGAGUGAGCAGUGUUUGGCCAAAGGGCUAUGGAGUAGAGUGUAUCUUUAGACUGACUCUUGAGUAGAAUAAAGGUUUAGGCUGAAUGGUGUUGUUCGAGUUAAGGAUUUUGGCUGCAGUGUUUGAAGUAGGAGCAGGUCCUUGCUAUAGGCAGUGUGAUACAGAGCAAUGUGGAUUAAAGUAAUAACACAAUCUCAUGGUAAGAUGUAUCAGAUUAGCUGACGAAGCUGAACACAGUGUGGGAUUGAGGAUUCGGCAGGCUCAGGGGCUCCACUUACUGCCCCACACAUUUUAUAAUCUCUUCAUCCAAUCAAAAAAAUCAAAAAUAAAGAAAUGUUUACAAAGAUUUUACUAUUAUUGUUCCUUUUCACUCUCUCCCACACACAUGUUCAACAAUCAACUUCACAAAAUAAUAGCUAAAUAAAUAUUCACCCUUUUACUUAAUAGGAGUAAAUAACUAAUUUUUCUCAAUUAAUAAAAACGAGAACACUGCAAAUAUAACAACUUAGCAAGUGGAACUACCUUGAAUAUAGUCAAACUAGUAUUUCCUUUUAUAAGAUUAUUUCUCUAUUUUUUUAUAUAUAUUUUAUGCUUGAAAUAGUAUUGCUCAUUGGCAGACAAUUUUGCAAAUUUUAGACAUUUAUUUCUAGAAAAAAAGCAAAAGCUAAUCGAGAUCCAUAGGGGCAGGAUUUUCUCUGCCGCUCACUCGCUCCAUGAGCAUUUUCAGUGGAGGAAGAAGUAGAGCGGAGAAGUUAUUGACCAGGUUGCCAGAUUGGUUUAGUUUAAAAAUAUUCUGCGGCCACCAAGAGUUUGUUUUAUACCAAAUCAUCAUCAUCAGAAUCAUUUCUAGUGUAAGAUAUAUUGCAAAGACUGGGAGAGAAAAAGACAGAAUAAUAUGUGAAAUAGUUGUUUCGCCAUGGAGAGGCUGAGAAAAACGUGUCUCCUUUUUCACGUCUUUCGUGUAGUUUUGAGAUGUAGUUGGGAUGAAAAUUUUGAUGAAACCUAUCAACCCUGGUUAAUGAUAUUACCUUGAAUACUGUUGAGGAAAUGUACGUCUAAAAUGGCUCCAAUCAAGCUGCUAGACUGUACGCUGGAGGAUUAUAUGUUGUCCACUCUCACCUCUCUAUUACAGGGUUACUCUAAAAAUUCACUAGAAAGUAAGUGUGAUAACCUUUCGACUUUAUUUUGUUUGAGGCAAAAUGUCAUUAUUAAAUGUCACCCCGCCACACCAAAAUCUAUAGUCACGAGCCGCUGCUGCGUCUAUCUCUGAAGUGUCUGGUUAACCACUUUAAUCUGUAGUGCUAACAAAGGUCACAGCUCUCACCACUGUCCAUUCCAGUCAUGUGGCAGAAUACGUGUGAGAGUAUGUGAGAUAGGCAGGUUGGCUGAGGGAGUAGUCCAGUAGUCCAGUAAGUUCAGCUCUCAUAGGUCUGUAUGUUUACCAGUCUAAUCCCACACACACACACACACACACACACACACCUCUUUCUGUGCCGCUGAUUGAGGGAUGGGUCUGAUAGCCACUCCAACAGAGCACAGAUAGCAGGAGUGUUACUCUGAGUGUUCAGCAGAGCAAGAAUUUUUCCACUAGGAGCUCUCUGUCCAACUCUCAUUGUAUCUCUUGCACCAUGACCUGUGAUGUGUGAACACAUCCUUACAUGGCGUCUAUCAUAUUCAUUAUGACCAUUCUGCCUGAGCUAAACUAGAGAGGAGUGUGUGAUAGUGUGGAGUGGUGUAUGACAGUAGACAGCUGUUUAUGAUUGUUUGUGGAAGAUGAGACGUGCACAGGCAGGUGGUUGGCAUUUGGCAGUGAUCUGCAGACCCCCCUGUCAGGUAUGGCUUUGCUUUGAGUGUGCUGUGGUUGGCUGAUAAGUCUUUGUUCUGCUCUCAGAGAUAGAGAAAGAAAGAAAGAAAGAAGGAAAGAAAGAAAGAGUCUAUCAUUCAGCCUCUCUGUGUGACACUUGUUUAAAAGCAACUGAGAUCUCAGGGGCCUUGGCAGGAACACUAUCCCAGAUACACUGCUGUGUUACUGGCAUAAACCCAUACGGGGUGUGUGUGUGUGUGUGUGUGUGUGUGUGUGUGUGUGUGUGUGGACUAGAGAAGAGAGUUUAUUAGUCACCCUUCAAAUCAGCACAGUAUAAUACAAAUAACAAAAGGGCUUAGUACACUGCAAAAUAUUAUAUCUUAGCAAGUCAAAAUAUCUUGACUUUAUCUAAUGUUUCUUAUUAUGAGAUUAUUAUAAAUCAAAUAGAAUAUUAUUCAUCUUGUUUUUAGAUGCUGUUACACAUUUCCAAGCUUUCUUAUUCUAUUGGCAGAAAAUUUUGCUUCUUUCUAGAAAUAAAUGCUUACAAAAAUUAUCUGCCAAAAGAACAAAACAAUUUCAAGCUGGAAUUAGUAAAAAUGUCUAGAAAAAAAAAACGAUCAAAUUGUAAUAAUCUUGUGUUUGAUUUAGUGUAUUUAUUAUAACAGGAAAUACUAGAUAGGUGCAUUUGACUUUAUAAAAGAUAUUCUCAUUUGCUAAGAAAGCAUUGUUUGCAGUAUACAAAUUCUUCUAAAAAAUAUUUACGUUUUAAUAUUUAAAUCAUUGGUUUGGUUGAAUAUGAAAUUAAAUGAAAUCUUUCAGUAAAGUUAAACAUAUGUGAAUUUAUUUUCAGCUAUUUUGUGGAUAUACAGGUUAGCAGGUCCUGUGUCAUGGUUAUUGGGUAGUGGAUUUCAAUUAAUUACAUAGUCAGUCUCCCUCUGUGUUUCCUCUACCGCUCCCGAUUGACAUCAAGUGCCUUACAGAACUGUCUGAUAUUCCAAUUUUUAAAAAAUCUUUCUUCUAUUAUGAGUCAUAAACUAUUUUAGCCAUGACAGUGAUGGUGAUUACUGUGUUUGUAUGAAGAGUUUUGUGUUUGUGGUUAGGUGACUAAAAACCACAGGAUCCUAUUAAACCCAUCAUUCAUUUAUUCAGCUUGAUUAAUUAUUACUUUGGUACUAUGAUCCUGAUAGAUUUGCAUAGCAAUGUGUAUCCAGAUACACACUCUGGUCUUCAGAUGUGAAGUAGGAGGAGUGUGUAUAAACGUAUGCGCAGCUAAUCUCUGGAGGUCUGGGUAUCUCACUUUCUACGCGUGAAUAUAAAGGAGGUUUGUUUUGGCAGUGUGUGUAUGAAGUGUGUAUUUGAGUGAGACUGUGUUAGUGUGCUGCUGUGUGUAAGGAGUUAUGUUAAGAUACCAACAACAAAGUGUAUAUGAAAAUAUCAAAACUUUCUAAAAUAACUUUCCACGCGUCUGACACUGAGUAGGACACAAUGUGAAUUACUCAGAUACUGAUCAGCAUAGAGAGGACAUAUCACACACACACACACACACACAGACAAUUUCACAGACAAAAAUGGGUGCCAGAGACACACUGCCAGAGGCAAGCCAACAAACAAACAAACAAAUGAGAUGAGCAUGCUCAAACACAUGACGCAUACUGCAUUGAAUGAAUUUCAAUAUAUAUAUAUAUAUAUAUAUACAGUAUAUAUAUAUCUUUUUGUAUGAAGUUUUAUAACUGUCCAUCUAUUCUGUAUAGAUGUAUUGUAUAUAAAGCAUGUGUUUAUUGCCGGACUGAGGAACUGACUCUGGAGUAUCGAUUCUGGUGUUGGAGCAUCUGUCAGUGGAAACAAGGGAUAAUUGGACUUUAAAUCAAGAAACUGAAUACCCUAAACCCCCACAGACAAGCUGAGGCUUUAAUUAUCGAGACAGAAAGAGAGAUGAUGAUGACAGAAAAUCAUAAAAAUUAUAACUAAUUGUUGUGUACAGUCAUAACAAAUAGAAACACUUGAACUGGUGUGAAACACUUGAACUGGGUUGAGUGUGUAUUGACUGAUGUGUUUUUUUUGUUUUUUUUGCCUGGGGUUGGAUUAAAAGGAAACUGGUGAGGCUUUUCUGUAGACAGUUUUUAUAAAGUUAUGCCAGCUUUGCCUGUGAGCAAGACAGGAAACGGCAUGAAAAACUUUCAAGCUAAUAAUUUAAAAAAAAAAAAAAAAAAAAGUUAAAUAAGCACACAGACUUCUCUCCUUCCUCAGGGAGUGGGGAGGAAUGAACCAAAUGUAAAAAAUGAUAAUAAUAAUAAUAAUAAUAAUAAUAAUAAUAAUAAUAAUAAUAAACCAGUGUGUCUACUCUAAAAAGCAUUAGAAAGUAGCAUAAGUGUAGGAGGAUCUGUGGAAAUGCACUUCCUAUGUCUGAUGUACAUACUGAACUCUUUAUGUUCUCUUACUGAGGUGUGUAGAUCCUCAUUGUGCUUCACUUUCACUGUGGGUUGUGAAUUUCAUCUAGUAGAAAAGUUGUUUGUUAACAGUUCAAAGCUUUCCACUGUACAUAUAUAUAAUGAACAUACUAUGUAGUUUGGCACAGUUGAUGUGUAAAUACAUGUUUAUUAUUUAUAUGAUUGUCUCCUUCUCAACCCCUCAGUCUUCCCUUCCCUCAAUAUCCCUCCUGUUUGUACAUUGUGUAAUGGUACUGAUUUCUUUAAAGAAACAGAAGUUGAAAUUUGGAUGUUUAGAAAUUAUAAAUGAUACUGUAACAUGAAAUACAUUUACAGUGUAUAUUGUGCUAUACUCUUUUGGAGAAUAAUUAUAUCAAAUAAAGAUAUAAGAGUCUGCAUAUUA